AUGGCGACGACGACGAUGGGUGGCCGUAAGAAGAGACGGGCAUCACAUUCGCGCGGGAUCCGCCUCGACUCAGCCCUCAUGGCGUAUCAAAAUUCGCGUGGAUUGCACGUCCGAUGUUGGAUAUCGGCGUGUGGCAAGAGACAGGCAUCACAUUCGCGCGAGAUCCGCCUCGAAGUCAGCCGUUUUGGUGUAUCCAAAUUCGCGUGGAUUGCGCGUCCGAUGUUGGAUAUCAGCGUGCGGCAUUUGCAUUGUGGGCUCGGGCUCUGA